AUUGAAUAUGUUGAAAGCUUUGUUUAAUUGGUAUUUAGUUUACUUUCACACUUAAUAUAUUGUUGAACGCAAUACAUUUAUAUCUCAUUAUAAUAUGCACGCUUCGAGCUUAGAGUGUAAACCUCACAUUGAGAUGGCACGGUUCGCUGUAUGUGUGAUGCAGAGAGAAACAUCAGGGAAGUUGUUCAGCAUGCAACAGAAUGUUUUACUACGGACUAAUUUGUGUUUCUCACACCCGGUCAGAUCAGCAGUGUCUGUCUCUGAUAGCUGCUCAGACCUGCUCGACAGGUUUCUGAUGUCAGAACAAUGAAGACCUAAAAAGGAUCAGCAGGCCAGAGCAGUUAAACCCAACAUAGUUACACAGUUACUUUCCGAGCGAGAACAGGUGGAUAUCGCUGUGGCUCAUGCAAAAAUUGGCCGUGAAUGCCGUGUGACUUGCGUGACUGGUAUUGUGAGCUGGCCGCAGUUUGGACAAACCAUCUGAUCGUGACGGCACAUGAAACACUGCCAGUUCUUCAUACACAGAACGGUUAGGAAACACAGAAUAACCGUAAUCCAAAAAGAUCGGGCUUUCGUGCUAUUAUUAUUGAAGUCUGCUGCUGCCCGCUGUGAUGGAGCAUAUUCAAGGGGCCUUGAAGAGCAUGAGUCAUGGGUUCGGAUGCAAAGAGUCGGUAUUUGAAGAAUCCUGCAUGUCUCCCACCAUUCUCAAGAACUUCUCGUACCGGAGAUUAUCAGAUGACGGGAGAAUCCCAGACUCGAAAACUAGCAGCACAAUCCGCGUCUACCUGCCCAACAAACAGCGGACUGUGGUGAAUGUGCGACCAGGUAUGACGCUACGCAACUGCCUCAUCAAAGCUCUGAAAGUCCGUGGACUUCAGCCAGAAUGCUGUGCUGUUUUCAAGCUGCAUCGAGAACAUUCAUUUAAAAAGUUGCGCAUGGAUUGGAGCACUGAUUCUACCUCACUGGUUGGAGAGGAGUUGCUGGUUGAAGUCUUAGAUCACGUACCCCUGACUACACACAAUUUUGUACGAAAAACCUUUUUGAAGUUGGCCUUUUGUGACAUAUGUCAGAAGUUUCUUUUGCACGGCUUCAGAUGUCAGACGUGCGGCUACAAGUUUCACGAGCACUGCAGCACCAAAGUGCCCACGAUGUGUGUGGACUGGAGCAACAUCCGGCAGCUCCUGCUGUUCCCCACUCCCGGAGAGAACGGGACUCCCUCGCUCCCUCCCCUCUCAUCCCGUCGCAUGCACAACUCUAAAUUCUCCUUCAGUCCCUAUCACAGAUACUCAACGCCAAAUGCUUUAAACUACAUCGCCCCCAUGCCGUCCCCGGGUGUUUCUCUCAGUCAUAAAGUGCUGUCCACGUCCACCCCCAACGUCCACAUGGUGAGCACCACCCAGCCGGUCGAUGAAGCUGCUUAUCAGGAAGCCUUAGGGCGAGAUGAAUCCGGAAGCCCUCAAAACCAGAGCCCGACGGAGUGGUCCAAAACCCCGGCUCCAGCUCACAGGGAGAAAGCGCCUUCGACUAACACUCAGGAAAAACGCAUCCGUCCUCGAGAGAAGAGAGAUUCCAGCUACUAUUGGGAGAUCGAGGCCAAUGAGGUGGUUCUGCUCUCCAGGAUCGGCUCAGGGUCUUUUGGCACAGUUUACAAAGGGAAGUGGCACGGUGAUGUUGCUGUGAAGAUUUUAAAGGUCAUGAAUCCCACACCAGAGCAGUUGCAGGCCUUUCGCAAUGAAGUAGCUGUUCUCAGGAAGACCAGGCAUGUCAAUAUCGUUUUGUUUAUGGGAUAUAUGACCAAGACAAACAUGGCCAUUGUGACGCAGUGGUGUGAAGGAAGCAGCCUCUACAAACAUCUGCACGUGCAGGAGACCAACUUCCAGAUGUUUCAACUGAUCGACAUUGCCAGACAGACGGCUCAGGGCAUGGAUUACCUACAUGCAAAGAACAUCAUCCAUCGAGACAUGAAGUCAAAUAAUAUCUUCCUGCAUGAAGGGCUGACGGUGAAGAUUGGUGAUUUUGGUCUGGCCACAGUGAAGGCGCGGUGGAGCGGCUCUCAUCGAGUGGAGCAGCCGUCCGGCUCCAUUCUGUGGAUGGCUCCUGAGGUCAUCCGGAUGCAGGACAACAAUCCUUACAGUUUUCAGUCGGAUGUGUACUCGUACGGCGUCGUCCUGUACGAGCUGAUGACAGGAGAACUGCCUUAUUCUAUGAUUGGAAAUAGAGAUCAGAUCAUCUUUAUGGUGGGGAGAGGCUAUCUGACCCCUGACCUCAGUAAACUCUACAAGAGCUGUCCCAAAGCCAUGAAGAGACUCGUCGCCGACUGCAUCCAGAAGUCCAAAGACGACCGGCCGCUGUUUCCGCAGAUCCUGUCCUCGAUCGAGCUGCUCCAGCACUCGCUCCCCAAAAUAAACCGCAGCGCGUCCGAGCCGUCGCUCCACAGGGCCUCGCACACCGAGGACAUUAACGUCUGCACGCUCGCGCUCUCAUCCGCCUUCAAGUGAAGCCGCCGCACUAGCCACGAGUCUACAGAGUAGAGCUAUGAAGGGACACCCGCGAGCGUCCAGAUGUUUGAUUUCUGUGCUUUGUGUAGUAUAUUGUGUGUGUUAACUUAAGACGGCCGGGGAGCUUGAUCCGCUUGAGCUGGCUGACUUCACGGAUGCUGCUGAGGAACAGCUGAUAGCACUUUCUUCACGCAGCUCACUCUUUGAUUGGCUGCGUCUGGCUGUAUCGCGUCUGAUGGGUCUCUCCUCACUCGAGAGGCUCGACGUGUCGCCGCUUGUAUAUAUUCCCUAAGUGCCAGUGUGAACGCGGAGCCGGUGGUGUUUUUAUAGCAGACCCAUCUAAACAAGCACAAGGUGUAGGGAGCACUUUAUCAUCGUGUCUAGAUGUCUCUUUGACUUUGUGUAUGUUACAAAAAUCAAAGGAAGAAGAGUGGGUAGUAACGUUAUUAGGGAUUCGCUUUUAGUGCUUGUCAUGGAGAAUUAACUUGUAAACUUGACAGAUUGUUUAUUCAUUGUAUUUUAAUAAAAUUAAGUUAAAUACACCA